AUGGAACCCGACCACCGCGAGCGCCGCCGUCGCGAACGUCGCAACUCCUCCUCCCACGAGCACGACGCCGAGCGCCGGCGAAGAAGAGGCCACCGGGCCACCGACUCACAGGGUGACCUCCUCCCGAGACCACACCGCUCAUCACGGAACCAGAGCGACUCAGAAUGGGAUUCGCCAUCUCCGCGUAAGCGCCGCGGGGACAGCACUCCCAGCACGCAGCGCAGUCGCCAGUCUGCGCCCCUAAGCCUGGAUGCGAUUGCGAAGCUUGACAAGGCCAAUGCGAAGAGGGGUGGGUGGAAGGGGUAUGAUUACGACGAGCAAUACUUAAAAGAGGUGCGGGCCAAGGAGAAGGCACUUGAGAAAGACCGUGUCAAAGGGGAGAGAGAGGAAAGGAAGAGGGAGAGAGCGAUCGAGAGCGACGCUGCGAUUGAGGCGGCGGCGCGCAGACGCAGGGAAUCGAGACAGCGGCCCAGGGAGGAGAGCAAGCGGCGUAGUGCUGCUGCUCAUGCACAGGCGGACAGGAGAGAAAGGAGACGAAGUCAUGCUAGCCCGGAAAAAGAUGAACGAAGACGAGCUCAUGAAGAAAGAUAUACCCCAUCAGAAAUUAUGGAGAAGAAGGAAAGGAGGCGACAAGAGAAGGCACAACGGAUGUCUGAGAAGAAGAAGAGGAGGGUUGUCAGCGGACCCUUGGCCGAGGAGGGCGGUGUUAACGACGACGACUCUUAUCAGUACAUGAUGGAAAAAAGAGGCGGAGCCGGGGCACCAUCAGAACUUACGGAAGAGGAGCUGGUGGCAAAGAAGAAGAAAAAGAAAAAAAUACGCAGUGGCGGUUCGGAUGGCAAUCAAGCAGCGGGAGGCGGCUCACAGCCUUCCAACAGUAACCUUGAAGGCAAAGAUCCUGAUAGUGUACCAGCGGCAGACAAGGGUGGAUGGCUUGAUCCAUGGUCAUGGUGGGACACAGACGACUUUAAUGUCACGUACACCGGCGAAAAGGUCGGAGGGCUUCCCGUAAUCGGUCUGAACUCCACAUGGGACGACGAUGUCCAGGCAAACGACAAAGUUCCAAACCUAAAAGAUGACUUUGGCUACGGAAAGAAUCCCAUCAGAGGUGUGAACGUGGGCGGAUGGCUAAACCUCGAGCCUUUCAUCACACCAUCCUUCUUCGAAUCCUACUCGGUCCGCGACAAUAUCAUCGACGAAUGGACACUCGUUCAGAAACUUGGCGGGCCUUCCCAAGCCAAGCAGACGCUCGAGAAGCACUACUCAUCCUUUAUCACUCGUCAGGCCUUCAUAGACAUUCGCAACGCCGGUUUUGACCACGUUCGCAUCCCAUUUGGCUACUGGAUGAUCGAAACGUACGAUGGGGACCAAUACGUUGGGCAGGUUGCAUGGCGCUAUUUGCUUCGAGGCAUCGAGUACGCACGCCAGCAGGGACUGCGGAUCAAUCUUGACCUGCAUGGCGCGCCGGGCAGUCAGAAUGGCUGGAAUCAUUCAGGGCGACAAGGCGUCAUCGGCUGGCUGAAUGGCACAGACGGCGAGACGAACGCAAAUCGCUGGCUUGAUAUUCACCAUAAGCUCGCCGUCUUCUUUGCGCAGGAUCGGUACAAAAAUAUCGUCACAAUGUACGGCCUGGUCAAUGAACCUCGCAUGGUCGACCUGGACCCCGACGUCGUGAUAGAGUGGUCGCAAAAGGCCAUCACGCAAAUCCGCAAAGACGGCAUCAAAGCCAUCAUCGUCUUCGGUGACGGCUUCCGUGGCCUCGACAACUGGAAGGACUCCCCGCUCCAGUCCAACGACGACCUGCUGUUGGACGUCCACCAGUACGUCAUCUUCAACCUCGACCAGAUCCAGCUCAACCACACCGACAAGCUCAACUUCGCGUGCAAGGCGUGGACUAAGCAGAGCGAGCGCAGCAUGGACACUUCGACCGGCUUCGGCCCCACCAUGUGCGGCGAGUGGUCCCAGGCCGACACAGACUGCACCAAGUACAUCAACAACGUGAACAUCGGCACGCGCUGGGAGGGCACCUUGGAUACGGGAAAUGCGUCCACCUCCGUACUCGAACCCUACUGCCCGCUCAAGUCUAACGCAUGCAGUUGCGCCAGCGCAAACGCAGACCCAAGUAACUACUCUGAUGCAUACAAAAAGUGGCUGUACCAGUUCGCUAUCGCCCAGAUGAUCAGUUUUGAGGCUGGCUGGGGUUGGUUUUACUGGACGUGGAAGACGGAGAAGGCGACGCAGUGGAGCUAUCAGGCGGGCAUCAAGGCCGGGAUUAUGCCGGCGAAGACAUAUGAGCGCGACUUCAGCUGUCCGGACGAUUCGUCGGAUUUGGUAGAUUACGGGAAGCUGGGGUUGGCGGAGAGCUACUGA